GCUACUCUCCCCUCGGCUUCACUCCGAGGAGGAACCCGGUGCCCCCCGGCUGAUCGUUUCCAAUUACGUUACCCCAAGAUGGAGGUUUGCAGAUGGCACUGCUAGCUACUACGAGUCUCUGUGUCUUUAAUCAAGCUUUUCUCAGGACAGAAGUGAUUUUGUGCCAUCUUUCUGUCGUGUGUUUUGGGGGAUCUACUUGGGAGACUCUGAGCUCCAGGUCCGGGUUGUGGCAACCAUGAGCUCCGGGGAAGGAGCGGAGGAAACGACGAAGGACGCUGGAGAAAUUGCGGCGUUCUUCAAGAACGAUGGAUCCCUCCCUAAAGAGCCAAAAGGAGAUGUAUCGAGUCAGAUAGCAGGUUUCAGGAGAAAUGAGGAGAUGAGAGCAAUGGAGGUUCUUUCCAUCCUCAAAGAAAAAGUCGCCUUUUUGUCAGGUGGCAGAGACAGACGCGGUGGUCCGGUGUUAACGUUUCCAUCACGCAGCAACCACGACAGAAUACGAACGGACGACCUGCGCAGACUGAUCGCUUACCUCGCAGGCAUCCCCAGCGAGGAGGUGUGUAAACAUGGCUUCACGGUCAUCGUUGAUAUGCGCGGCUCCAAGUGGGACAGCAUCAAGCCUCUGCUGAAGAUCCUGCAGGAGACCUUCCCGUCCUGCAUCCACGUCGCCCUCAUCAUCAAACCAGACAACUUCUGGCAGAAGCAGAGGACUAACUUCGGCAGCUCAAAGUUCGAAUUUGAGACCACCAUGGUGUCACUAGAGGGCCUGACGAAGGUCGUGGACCCCUCCCAGCUGACGUCGGACUUCGACGGCAGCCUGGAGUACAACCAUGAGGAGUGGAUAGAGGUGCGUGUGGCAUUCGAGGAGUUCUCCGGUCACGCCACUCAGAUGCUGGCUCGUCUUGAGGAGAUGCAGGAAACGGUGUCGAGGAAAGACUUCCCCCAGGAUCUGGAAGGAGCCCGGCGGAUGAUAGAAGAACACGCCACGCUGAAGAAGAAAGUCAUAAAAGCCCCGAUAGAGGAGCUGGACACAGAGGGGCAGAGGUUGCUCCAGAGAAUCCAGAGCAGCGAGUCCUUCUCCAACCGUAACGGCAGCAGCGGUGUCGGCGGGGGGGGAAGCAGUGGCGGCGGGGGGAUGUGUAACGCCGACACGCAGGGCCUGGUGCCGCGCGUCACCCAGCUGCUGGACAAACUGCACUCCACCCGGCAGCACCUCCACCAGGCCUGGCACGUCCGCAAGCUGCAGCUGGACCAGUGCUUCCAGCUGCGCCUGUUCGAGCAGGAUGCAGAGAAGAUGUUUGACUGGAUCAUGCACAACAAGGGUUUGUUCCUGGCAGGCUACACAGAGAUUGGCAACAACCACCCCCACGCUAUAGAGCUGCAAACCCAGCACAACCACUUCGCUAUGAACUGCAUGAACGUGUACGUGAACAUAAACCGCAUCAUGUCGGUGGGCAACCGGCUGCUGGAGUCGGGUCACUACGCCUCGCAGCAGAUCAAGCAGAUCUCAAGUCAGCUGGAGCAGGAGUGGAAGGCCUUCGCGGCGGCUCUGGAUGAACGCAGCACGCUGCUGGAGAUGUCCGCCAGCUUCCACCAGAAGUGUGACCAGUACAUGAGUAACGUGGACUCGUGGUGUAAGGCGUGUGGCGAGGUGGAUCUGCCCUCCGAGCUGCAAGACCUUGAAGACGCCAUCCACCACCACCAAGGCCUGUACGAACACAUCACCGCUGCCUACUCUGAGGUGAGCCAAGAUGGCAAAGCCCUGUUGGACAAGCUGCAGCGACCUCUGACCCCGGGCAGCGCUGAUACGCUCACAGCAUCGGCCAACUACUCCAAGGCCGUGCACCACGUCCUGGACAUCAUCCACGAAGUGCUGCAUCACCAGAGGCAGCUGGAGAACAUCUGGCAACACCGCAAAGUGAGGCUUCACCAACGUCUGCAGCUCUGCGUCUUUCAACAGGACGUCCAACAGGUGCUGGACUGGAUCGAAAACCACGGCGAGGCGUUCCUCAGCAAACACACGGGCGUGGGGAAGUCUCUCCACCGAGCCCGAGCUCUGCAGAAACGCCACGAAGACUUUGAGGAAGUGGCACAGAAUACGUACACGAAUGCAGACAAGCUGCUGGAGGCGGCUGAGCAGCUGGCCCAGACGGGAGAGUGCGACCCGGAGGAGAUCUACCAGGCCGCCCACCAGCUCGAAGACCGAAUCCAAGACUUUGUUCGCCGCGUGGAGCAGCGCAAAGUCCUGCUGGACAUGUCUGUCGCCUUCCACACACACGUCAAAGAGCUGUGGACGUGGCUGGAGGAGCUGCAGAAGGAGCUGCUGGACGACGUUUACGCCGAGUCGGUGGAGGCGGUCCAGGAUCUGAUCAAACGCUUCGGCCAGCAGCAGCAGACCACGCUGCAGGUCACCGUCAACGUCAUCAAGGAGGGGGAAGACCUCAUCCAGCAGCUCAGGGACUCGGCCAUCUCCAGCAACAAGACGCCCCACAACAGCUCCAUCAACCACAUCGAGAGCGUGCUGCAGCAGCUGGACGAGGCCCAGGCCCAGAUGGAGGAGCUCUUCCAGGAGAGGAAGAUCAAACUGGAGCUCUUCCUGCAGCUGCGCAUCUUCGAGAGGGACGCCAUCGACAUCAUCUCUGACCUGGAGUCGUGGAACGAGGAGCUGACGGGUCAGAUGACAGAAUUCGACACGGAGGAUCUGACGCUGGCCGAGCAGCGGCUGCAGCACCACGCUGACAAAGCCCUGACCAUGAACAACCUCACCUUCGAUGUCAUCCACCAGGGCCAGGAGCUGCUGCAGUACGUCAACGAGGUGCAGGCCUCUGGCGUGGAGCUGCUGUGCGACCGGGACGUUGACAUGGCGACGCGGGUUCAGGACCUGCUGGAGUUUCUCCACGAGAAGCAGCAAGAACUGGACCUGGCUGCCGAGCAGCACCGACGACACCUGGAGCAGUGCGUCCAGCUGAGGCACCUGCAGGCCGAGGUCAAGCAGGUUCUGGGUUGGAUUCGAAACGGCGAGUCGAUGCUGAACGCCGGUCUCAUAACAGCCAGCUCGCUGCAGGAGGCUGAGCAGCUGCAGAGAGAACACGAACAGUUUCAACACGCCAUUGAGAAAACCCACCAGAGUGCGCUGCAGGUCCAGCAGAAGGCCGAGGCUCUGCUCCAGGCCAACCACUACGACAUGGACCUGAUUAGGGACUGUGCGGAGAGCGUGGCCUCCCACUGGCAGCAGCUCAUGCUGAAGAUGGAGGACAGACUCAAGCUGGUCAACGCCUCAGUGGCCUUCUACAAGACCUCUGAACAGGUGUGCAGUGUGUUGGAGAGCCUGGAGCAGGAGUACAAGAGAGAGGAGGACUGGUGCGGAGGAGCUGACAAACUGGGACCCAACUGUGAGACGGACCACGUCAGCCCCAUGAUCAGCAAACACUUGGAGCAGAAGGAGGCUUUCCUCAAGGCAUGCACUCUGGCCAGAAGAAACGCAGACGUCUUCCUGAAGUACAUGCACAGGAACAGCGUCAACAUGCCGGGGAUGAUGAGCCAUGUGAAAGCACCAGAACAGCAGGUUAAAAACAUCCUCAAUGAGCUGCUGCAGAGAGAGAACCGUGUCCUCCACUUCUGGACGAUGAGGAAGCGGCGGCUGGACCAGUGUCAGCAGUACGUGGUGUUUGAACGCAGCGCCAAACAGGCUCUCGAGUGGAUUCAUGACACCGGGGAGUUUUACCUCUCCACACACACCUCCACCGGCUCGAGUAUCCACCACACACAGGAGCUGCUGAAGGAGCACGAGGACUUCCACAUCACAGCCAAGCAAACUAAGGAGCGUGUCAAGCUGCUGAUCCAGCUGGCUGACGGCUUCUGUGAGAAAGGCCACAGUCACGCUGGAGAGAUCAAGAAAUGGGUGACGGCUGUGGACAAGCGCUACCGAGACUUCUCCCUGCGCAUGGACAAGUACCGCUGCAGCCUGGAGAAAGCCCUCGGCAUCUCCUCGGACUCUAACAAGGCCAGUAAGGAUCUCCAGCUGGAUAUCAUCCCCGCCACAGCUCCGGGGUCAGAGGUCAAACUGCGCGAUGCCGCUCACGAGCUCAACGAGGAGAAACGCAAGUCGGCGCGGAGGAAGGAGUUCAUCAUGGCAGAGCUGAUUCAGACGGAGAAAGCCUACGUGCGAGACCUGCGGGAGUGCAUGGAUACCUACCUGUGGGAGAUGACCAGCGGCGUGGAGGAGAUUCCUCCAGGGAUCAUCAACAAGGAGCACAUCAUCUUUGGAAACAUGCAGGACCUAUACGAGUUCCACCAUAAUAUCUUCCUCAAAGAGUUGGAGAAAUAUGAGCAGCUACCGGAGGAUGUUGGGCAUUGCUUUGUCACAUGGGCUGAUAAGUUCCAGAUGUAUGUGAACUACUGUAAGAACAAGCCCGACUCCACCCAGCUCAUCCUAGAGCAUGCUGGGAACUACUUUGAUGAAAUUCAACAGAGGCACCGACUGGCCAACUCCAUCUCCUCCUAUCUGAUCAAACCUGUGCAGAGAAUCACCAAAUACCAGCUCCUGCUGAAGGAGCUGCUGACUUGCUGUGAAGAAGGGAAAGGAGAAAUAAAGGACGGCCUGGAGGUGAUGCUCAGUGUCCCUAAGAAAGCCAACGAUGCCAUGCACCUCUCCAUGCUGGAAGGUUUCGAUGAAAACCUGGAAUCCCAGGGCGAGCUCAUUCUCCAGGAUUCCUUCCAGGUGUGGGAUCCAAAGACUCUGAUCCGAAAGGGUCGGGAGCGCCACCUCUUCCUCUUUGAGAUGUCCCUCAUCUUCAGCAAGGAGGUCAAGGACUCAAAUGGCAGGAGCAAAUACAUCUACAAGAGCAAACUCUUUACGUCAGAGUUGGGGGUGACGGAGCACGUCGAAGGAGACCCCUGUAAGUUUGCUCUGUGGGUGGGACGCACCCCGACGUCCGACAACAAGAUUGUGCUCAAGCUAAGUCAGGGAUCCAAACACAUGGCGUCCAGCAUCGAGAACAAGCAGGACUGGAUCAAACACAUCAGAGAGGUGAUUCAGGAGCGCUCCAUCCACCUGAGAGGAGCGCUGAAGGAGCCCAUUCAUAUCCCCAAAACAACCACCGCCAAGCACCACAAGGGCAGGGGAAGGGACGGAGAGGACCUGGACAGUCAGGGUGAAGGCAGCAGCCAACCAGACACCAUCUCUCUGGCAUCCCGCACUUCACAGAACACACUGGACAGCGACAAGCUCUCCGGUGGCUGUGAGCUAACGGUGGUGAUUCACGACUUCAUGGCGAGCAACAGCAACGAGCUGACGGUGCGCCGCGGUCAGACGGUGGAGGUUCUGGAGCGCUGCCACGAGAAGCCGGACUGGUGCCUGGUCCGCACCACAGACCGCUCCCCCGCCAUGGAGGGGCUGGUGCCCUGCUCCAUGCUCUGCAUCGCACACUCACGCUCAUCCAUGGAGAUGGAGGGCAUCUACAACCACAAAGACACUCUGUCAGUGUGCAGCAACGACUCCAUCAUGCCGGGGUCGUCCGCCACGCUGCAGCCGGGUCACGGCAUCGGCUCCCACACCUCACCGGGGCCCAAAAGACCAGGUAACACGCUGCGGAAGUGGCUCACCAGCCCAGUGCGCAGACUAAGCAGCGGCAAGGCGGACGGCCACGUGAAGAAGCUCGCCCACAAACACAAGAAGAGCCGCGACGUGAGGAAGAGCGGCGAGAUGACGAUGGGGUCGCAGAAAGACUCGGACGACAGCGCCGCUACGCCUCAGGACGAGACUGUGGAGGAGAGGGUUCGUAACGAGGGCCUGUCGAGCGGCACGCUGUCCAAGUCCAGUUCCUCGGGCAUGCAGAGCUGCGGAGAGGAGGAGGGCGAGGAGGGGGCCGACUCGGUGCCCCUGCCCCCCCCCAUGGCCAUCCAGCAGCACAGCCUGCUGCAGCCAGACUCACAGGACGACAAGACCUCUUCUCGCCUGUCGGUCCGUCCCUCCAGUUCGGAGACGCCCAGCGCCGCGGAGCUGGUGAGCGCCAUCGAAGAGCUGGUCAAAAGCAAGAUGGCUCUGGAGGACAGACCCAGCUCUCUGUCAGUGGAGCAGGGAGACAGCAGCUCUCCCUCCUUCAACCCCUCUGACAACUCCCUCCUCUCCUCCUCCUCCCCCAUGGACGAGGUGGACGAACGCAGGAACAGCGUGCUCAAGAAAAGACAUUACAUCCUGCUGGAGUUGGUGGAGACGGAGAGGGAUUAUAUCAGAGACCUGGGCCUGGUGGUGGAGGGCUACAUGACUCGGAUGAAGGAGGAGGGUGUCCCUGAUGAUAUGAAGGGAAAAGACAAAAUCGUGUUUGGCAACAUCUACCAGAUCUACGACUGGCACAAAGACUUCUUUCUCGGGGAGUUGGAGAAAUGUCUGGAGGACCCCGACAGGCUGGGACCGCUCUUUCUCAAACAGGAACGGAGACUGAACAUGUACGUAGUGUACUGUCAGAACAAGCCCAAGUCGGAGCACAUCGUCUCAGAGUACAUCGACACCUAUUUUGAGGACCUGAAGCAGCGGCUGGGCCAGCGGCUGCAGAUCACAGACCUGCUCAUUAAGCCCGUCCAGAGGAUCAUGAAGUACCAGCUGCUGCUCAAGGAUUUCUUGAAACACUCUAAAAAGGCUGGGCUGGAGUCCAUGGAGUUAGAGAAAGCAGUGGAGGUCAUGUGCAUCGUGCCAAAAAGAUGUAAUGACAUGAUGAAUGUCGGCCGCCUUCAGGGAUACGAUGGGAAGAUCGUGGCUCAGGGUCGCCUCUUGCUGCAGGACACGUUCAUGGUGUCCGACACCGAGGGUCGGAUGAAGGAGAGGAGAAUCUUCCUCUUUGAGCAGGUGGUCAUCUUCAGUGAGCCCCUCGACAAGAAGAAGGGUUUCUCCUUACCAGGCUUCCUCUACAAGAACAGCAUCAAGGUGAACUGUCUGGGUUUGGAGGAGAGCUUGGACACUGAUCUCUGUACCCUCAUCCUCACGUCGCGCUCCACCAACGCCCCCCUGGAGUCCUUCGUGCUUCACUCCGCCCACCCAGGGGUGCGCGAGGUGUGGACCCUUCAGAUCGGCCAGAUCCUCGAGAGCCAACGCAACUUCCUCAACGCUCUGACCUCACCAAUGGAUUAUCAGAGGAACCAUGUGGGGGCCAGUGGGGGGCCGUGUGUUGGGGCUCCGGGGGGAGGCAGCAGUGCGGCCCCUGCAGUCGGAAGUGAAAGCCCCCAGCCCUCCAUCCCUUCAGGGCCCCAGGGUGGCUCUCGCCGGCCCUCCAGGAUCCCGCAGCCCUCCCGCCUGCCCCAGCCCCUCCGCCACCCCCCCGACCCCGACGGCCCCAACAAGAUGUCAGGUUCGUCCCCAAGUCCUGCCCCUCCUCCCGCCCCCCCUACGGGGGGAAGCCCCCAGGGAAAGCGCCCCCUCCAGACCCCUGAGGACCCAACACUGACCCCCCCUCCUGCCAGUGCUGUAGCCUCUGUUCCCCGCGCCACCGUCGGGCCCCUGCCCUCCACACCCACUUCCAAAACGCGGCCAGGAGCCGUGUCCCCCUUGGCCCCCCCUCUGGCCACUCCUGCCUUCGGUAAGGACGGCCUCCCUCCUCCCCCUCCCAGCCCAGGCCUCAAAACCGGAUCUGGGUUCUGGAGCUCCAUGCCGGGCUCCCCAGCCAGCCGGCCUGGCUCCUUCACCUUCCCGGGGGAGGCAGGGGAGAGUCCGGUCCGGCAGAACUCCUCCCAGGUCCAGACCGGCUCUGGAUCUGGGAGCCACAGACACUCCACGCACAGCAAGGAGGCCGACCGCAUGAGCACGUGCUCGUCGGCCAGCGAGCAGUCCAUCCAGUCCACCCAGAGCAACGGGAGUGAAAGCAGCAGCAGCAGUAGCGUAUCCACCAUGUUGGUGACCCAGGACUACAUGGCUGUGAAGGAGGAUGAGAUCAGCGUCUGUCAGGGUGAGGUGGUCCAGAUCCUGGCCAGCAACCAGCAGAACAUGUUCCUGGUGUUCAGAGCGGCCACGGAGCAGGGUCCCGCCGCCGAGGGCUGGAUCCCCGGCUUCGUGCUGGGACACACCUCGGCCAUCGUGCCCGACUGCCCCGAGGGAUCCAUGAAGAAGUCUUCGUCCUGGCACACCUUGCGCAUGCGGAAAAAAUCAGAGAAGAAGGAUAAGGAGGCGAAGAAAGACCCCAAGCUGGAAAACGGUUACAGGAAGUCCAAUAAAGUUUCUGUAAAGCUUCUAAAUCCAAACUACAUCUAUGAUGUUCCCCCAGAGUUCCUUGUGCCUCUGAGUGACGUGACGUGUGACGACGCAGAGAGCGUCACCCUCAGGUGUAAGGUCUGCGGUCGGCCCCGGCCCACCGUCACCUGGAAGGGCCCCGACCAGAGCAACCUCAGCAACAACGGACACUUCAGCACUGCCUACAGUGAUACGGGUGAAGCAACGCUGCGGAUAAUCGGCGUCUCCUCUGAGGAUGACGGCGUUUACACGUGUGUCGCCACCAACGAGCUGGGCAGCGUCACGUCAUCCGCUAGCCUCAGAGUGUUAGCAGUGUCCACUGACGGCAUCAGAGUGAGCUGGAAAGACAACUUUGAGUCUCACUACACUGAGGUGGUUGAACUGGGCAGGGGUCGUUUCUCUGUCGUGAAGCGGUGUGACCAGCGGGGCUCCAAGCGUCUGGUGGCGGUCAAACAGGUGAACAAGAAGCUGAUGAGGAGGGACCGGGUCACGCAGGAACUCAACCUGCUCCAGAGGCUGCAGCACCCCCACAUAGUCGGCCUGAUCGACACGUACGAAACCCCCAGCAGCUACGCCCUCGUCCUGGAAAUGGCUGACCAAGGUCGUCUGCUGGACUACAUCGUGAGCUGGGGGAAUCUGACGGAGGAGAAAGUGGCCUGCUACCUGAGGGACAUUUUAGAAGCUUUACAGUACCUGCACAGCUCCAGGAUAGUGCAUCUGGACAUAAAACCUGAGAACCUGCUGGUGUCCCACAGCGCCAGCGGCCAGCCGGCGGUGAAGCUCACAGACUUCGGUGACGCGGUGCAGCUCAACAGCGCCCUCUACGUCCACCCCCUGCUGGGCAGCCCUGAGUUCGCCUCCCCGGAGUUGGUCCUUGGAGAUCCGGUGUCGCUGACCUCCGACCUUUGGAGCCUGGGCGUGGUGACCUACGUACUGCUGAGCGGCGCCUCCCCCUUCCUGGACGAGAGCGCAGAGGAGACCUGCCUGAACAUCUGCCGGCUGGACUUCAGCUUCCCCAGGGACUACUUCCAGGGCGUCAGCCAGGGGGCCCGGGACUUCAUCUGCCUGCUGCUGAGGACCGACCCGGGACGGAGACCUCCAGCCGUGCUCUGCCUCCAGGAGCCCUGGCUGCAGGACGAACCCUCUGACGAACGGGCCAGGACCGAGGGCUGCCUGGACACGUCCCGCCUCAUCUCCUUCAUCGACAGGAGGAAGAAUCAGACCGACGCCCGGGCCAUCGGGGGAGUCGGGAGCUUCAUCCAGAGCCGCCUGCAGCCUCAAGUUUAAAGUCCAACCCUCGUCCCUGCUGUCCUGUAGGGGCUGUCCUGUAGGGGCUGUCCUGUAGGGGCUGUCCUGUAGGGGCUGUCCUGUAGGGGCUGUCCUGUAGGUGCUGUCCUCUAGGUGCUGUCCUGUAGGUGCUGUCCUGUAGGGGCUGUCCUGUAGGGACUGUCCUCUAGGUUCUGUCCUGUAGGGGCUGUCCUCUAGGUUCUGUCCUGUAGGGGCUGUCCUCUAGGGUAUGUCCUCUAGGGGCUGUCCUGUAUGGGCUGUCCUGUAGGUGCUGUCCUCUAGGUGCUGUCCUGUAGGGGCUGUCCUCUAGGGGCUGUCCUGUAGGGGCUGACCUGUAGGUGCUGUCCUCUAGGGGCUGUCCUUUAGGGGCUGUCCUCUAGGGGCUGUCCUGUAGGGACUGUCCUCUAUGUUCUGUCCUGUAGGGGCUGUCCUGUAGGGGCUGUCCUGUAGGGGCUGUCCUCUAGGGGCUGUCCUGUAUGGGCUGUCCUCUAGGGGCUGUCCUGUAGGGACUGUCCUCUAUGUUCUGUCCUGUAGGGGCUGCCCUGUAGGGGCUGUCCUCUAGGGGCUGUCCUGUAUGGGCUGUCCUCUGGGGGCUGCAGGCUCCUCUGGAUUGGAGCAUCUUGAUGGUGUAGAAGCUAGAAAUAAUGAAUGCUGAUCUGAUCCUCUUUCACAGAAUGUUGCUAAAGUCCUGUAGUCCUUUCACAAAUUAGACCUGUAGGUCUAAACCAAUCAGAGUCCUCGAGAACCAAGUUCUCACCAAUCACGUAAAUGAACGGAUGCCCUUGUCUACUGCUGCUUGCUGCUUUCAACUCUAAACAGAUUUUCUAGUAAAGUGAACAAAAAAAACAACAAAAAAAGUUAUUUAUUUUCCAUUUGAAGAGUUAGAGCUGACCGAGGAGCCGAUUGAAGGAGCCUCAACGCGGAGAGCAAACUGCCCCCCCUCCUGUUGCCAGGGGGACACAGACAUUGUGUGUUUGUGCUCUUUUACACUAAACUGCAUUUCAAAGACUUUUGAGAAGCAGCCCUUUCUUAUAGAAACAAUGUAUAAAAAAGGAAAAGUACUGUCUCUACAUUUCCAAGGAAAAGGAAUCCAUUGUAGAAAAAGUCGCUGUAGACGCCCGGAGACGGUAACCGAGGUGUUUGAGACAUUUAUACGUCAGAGCUUUUUGAUGGCUGCGCUUAUAUAAUGUACCUAAAAUCUAAGAUACGGUGAUGAUCAUGUCGCGAUGCUGCACUCUCCGAUCUGAGAACAACAGACAUCCAUCGUUUGCUUUUCCUAGAACAAAACUUGUGUUGCGCAGAUAUGAGAUGUUUAAGCCUUACCUUGUAUAUACAUAGCCCUCUGCCUUCUUUCCCCUCACAUUCACAGCGGGGUCCCCCCCCCCCCUCGGAGGGCGGAACGCAAGACUUUUCACGGCGUUCAGUGGCGGCGAAUCAGACGGGAGUGAAUGUGGAGGCAGAGGAAGAGAAAUUACUGUAAAUGCACUCAUUGUAUGUUAUGUUUGAUUAUCAUGUGCAAUGUUGCGGCUUUAACAUUUUAUGCAACUAUUUAUGAAGACAUCUGUUGUAUCUGUAAUAAAUCUAGAGAAAAGCAUGUACUUGGUACUGCAAGCACUGCUGGUAGUUUGUGUUUAUUUUGUGUUACGACUUCCAGACCGUGUUAGAGGUCACACAUUUGCAAUCAUUGCGGUUCGAACUAAAAUACAUUUCUUUUUUUUUUACUGUAUGCCUCUGUAGUAUUGGUACACCAAAGUCGCUCUAGCUUUUAUAGUACUUAAUGAAAUGUGUUUUAUCGCAGGUAACGGAUGCCCACGUGAGAUGAUUGUUUACACGAGUUAAACACUUUGAUUUGCCCGUUCUGAAAAAGGCAGGGGAGUUAAGAAAGAGAUUUAUUUGUCACAGAAAAUUAGCAUUGCCAUUUUAUUUUAAGACUUAAAUAGGAGAUUUUUCAUCAUUUUACUAAAUGGUGUUCUGACUUUAUGUACAGAUAGAGAUUGUUGCCAAAAUGUUCCUUCCAUAAAUUCACAAAAAGUACCCUAAAACAGCAAUUCAAUUAUGUUUUUUUAUAGUUUUUUGGGAAAUUAAAAGUCAAGAUAGCGUUGGUAUAACCACUUAACUAUACCCAUUUUCUAAUAUGGCAUUUUUCAACUGACCUCGAAGAGAAAUUAGUCCGCUGUUACCUUUUUAUUUAUUUUUAAAGGUGUGCACAGGCCAUUUCACAAGGACACUUGGACUGGAUGCCUCGAAUAGGCUUGUUUUUUUAAUCGUCUCGUCAUUUUUGUCAUGUUUGUUUCAUAAAUUACAUGUUUGCUAUUUGUUUUUUAUCUUUGCAAGUUUAUUUCUUUGUACAGAUCAUACAUAUUUUUCCCUCCUUGUAAAUAUUCUCAUUUUGCCAUCAGUUAUUUGGAAAUUAAACACAAUGAACAUAUUUGAA